AGUGCUUCUACUGUUGGGCUCAAGGCCUCUGGCAUACCAGGCUUUGUCUGCGCACCCUCGGCCUCUGCCGCUCCGCCCUUGCCGCGAUGAACCGCGUGGUGCUCGCCGUGUUCACCCUCCUGCUCUCCAGCCAUGGCUGCGUCGCCGAUGAGCAGACAACGACCAUGGAGGAGCGCCGCCUGACGGAUGACGCCACCACCGUGGGCGAAGUCACGACGAGCGCCGCGCCUCGCACUGGAAGCCCAGGCACCGUGCUCCUGGCGCUCCUCGCCUUCCUCUACGUGGGCAGCGCGGCGGGUGCGGCGCUGGACGAGUCCACCACGAUGGCCGACGAGCGCCGCCUGACGGACACCACCAUGGGCGACGACACGACGAGCGCCGCAGCUCGUAGCGGCGCCCUUGGAACCAUGCUCCUGGCGCUCAUCGCGUUCCUGUUCGUGGGCAACGCGGCUGGGGCGGCAGUGGACGAGUCCACCACGAUGGCCGACGAGCGCCGCCUGACGGACACCACCAUGAGCGACGACACGACGAGCCCCGCGGCCCCCCGCGCGGCGUUCCGGACGGCGCCGCUGUUCGCCCUUGCUGCGGCGCUCGGUUUCGCAGCCCAUCGCUAAGCUCUGAAAGGGGCACGCUCGUAGCAGAAUGUUUUCCGAGCUUCCAAGCCUCCCCAUCCCAUGAAUAACAUUUAGGGCACCCCUCUCCUGGUGCAGCGGCAGCGAGCCCUCGCAAAGGCCUGGUCUGCGGCCGAGGCAUCUUGCCACGCCGCCCGACUCCAUGAAAGAUGCGGGCCAUGAGGCCUGACAUUUUUCAGGUCCGCGAGGGACUCCGACUGCGGCGUGCGGUUGGUCACGGGCACACUCUACUUUUUCCGGCUUCCUACUGCAUGUUUCUACCUACUUCUUCCGACCAACGUGUAGACUUCGGCCGAGGCCACCCCCAGUUGCAGCGGCCCUCGCAAAGGCGCGGGCCGCUGGCUUCCCUGGGGGUGGCCGACCUCGAUGUCGUGUUACCCGUCCUUCGCGCAUCUGAGAAUUCGGUGACGGACUGAAGAGUUCCGUACCAUUUUUUGUGCUACGGCACGUGAUCGCAGCGGCAGCGAGUGUUAGGGUCCGCCUGCCACAUCGAGCGCAGAUAUCGGAUACCCACAGCAUGUUUUGUGCGCUACAGCACGUGGUCGCAGCGGUGGCGAGUGCCCUGAUCCGCCUGCCACAUCGAGCGCAGAUUUCGGAUGCCCACACCAGCUGCCUUCGAAUCAGUCAAAGUGCCACCUUGCCCGUUGAAGAACGAAA